CAUCGCCUCUCGCGACGGCGUCUCUUCCUUGGCAGUGCUUUCCGGUUAUUGAAAUUGUGCGUCGCGUUCUGUAACUACCAAAUCGGAUUUCAACUUCAAGCGGCGCAGCGUCCAAGCCGAAAGCGCGAUUUUCUAACCGAAAAAUGAGCUCUCUGUCCUGUUAGUGACUUUGCAGAGAUGGCCGGUUCCGUCGCCGUGAAAUUCUCCGCUCUCCGCCGAGUUUCUCCGAUCUCCGCCGUGCUGGGCUUGCAAGGGAGGUCGAGGUUGUUCUUCUCGACUAGCUCGAUAGGAUCAGGCGACGAAAACAACAACAACAACAACAAUAACAAUAAAUUGGAGGCAGAAAGUGGUUUCGACAUCGAUGAUGGUGAUUUUCUUCCAGAGAGGCCAGAGUUACAACUCCAGGGGGUUGAUCCAAAAAAGGGGUGGAAUUAUCGCGGUGUCCACAAGGCUAUUAUAUGUGGUAAAGUUGGUCAAGCUCCGGUCCAGAAGAUACUGAGGAAUGGUAAAACUGUAACCACAUUUUCUGUAGGCACAGGAGGGAUGUUUGAUCAGAGACAUGUGGGUGAAAACGACUCGCCUAGGCCAGUUCAGUGGCAUCGGAUUGCAGUGCACAACCCUAUGCUCGGAGCUUAUUCAGUUCAACAACUGGUGAAAAACUCUUCUGUAUAUGUCGAGGGCGACAUUGAAACUAGGAUUUACAAUGACAGCAUCAGCGGGGAAGUAAAAAGCAUACCAGAGAUAUGUGUGCGCCGAGAUGGAAGGAUUCGACUUGUAAAAUCUGGGGAUAGUGGGAAUUCUAUUUCCUUUGACGAGCUUCGGGAUGGAUUGUUGUAGUGAAUCACUGAUGGCUACAAGUUUCUGCCAAUGGUUGGAUUGCAGAAUUAGGCAAGUUUACGACGCAUAUUGAGAUUUUAUGGACCUAUCACCGAUUUCACAGUAGAUGAGCAAUGUACGUACGGGUAAAGAAUCUUAACCCCAGUAUUAUAUACAUCUCUGUUGCUUUGACUAUGAACCUUAAAAAGCCUAUCGAGUCUAACUGCAAGAAAACAUGUCAUGGAUUCUAUCAAGUCAUGCUUGCAUUUAUCUAGGUUGCGAUUUAUGCGAAAUUCAUUGGCCAUUA